AUGCCCCUGUGGACUGUGGCCUGUAGGCCACCCCACCACCCGCAUUUCGACAUAAACGCUGCCACCCUCGAUCCGACGCCCCGCUCAAACCAUCGACGGCCCCCAAAAGCGAAACCCGAGACCGCCACCGCCCGGCAACGGCAGCAGAGCGUGCAGAGCCACACGCGCGCGCGCGCGGCCGUCAUGGCGCCGGCACCAUCCUCCUCCCCCUCCUCCUCCAGGACCCUCCCCCUCCCUCCCGCCGUCCUGUACCUCCUCCUCUUGUCCCUGCAGGUCGCUGCGGCCGGCGCGGCCAUGGACCCCGCCGAGCGGGAGACGCUGCUCCGCGUCAUGGAGUCGGUCUCCGCCGACCGCGACUGGCGCGAGGCCGCGGGCGACGACCCCUGCGCCUCCCCGUGGCCGGGGCUCGAGUGCAGGCCCGGCACCGCGCCCGCUCCGGGCGCCAAUGGCAGCGCCGCGCGGAUGCACGUCGCGCGCCUCGACUUCGGGGUGCCGCCGAACCCGACGUGCAAGGACACGGCGACGUUCCCGGUGGCCGCGUUCGCGCUGCCGGAGCUCCGGGCUCUGUUCCUCGUCGGCUGCUUCAAGAACCCCGACGCCGUGGCCGCGUUCGCGCUGCCGCCGGCGUCCAACCUCUCGUCCUCGCGCCUGCAGCAGCUCAGCGUCCGCGCCAACCCGUCGCUGUCCGGCACGCUGCCGCCGCAGCUGGCCAGCCUCCGGUCGCUGCAGGUGCUCACCGUGUCGCAGAACGCGCUGGUCCGGGGCGCCGUCCCGCGGGGCAUCGGCGAGCUCGCGGACCUCGUGCACCUCGACCUCAGCUACAACUCCCUCACGGGCCCCAUCCCGACCGCGCUCGGCGACCUGCGCGGCCUCGUCGGCCUCGACCUUAGCUACAACUCCUUCUCUGGCACCAUCCCGAGCCGUCUCGGCGACCUCGCCCAGCUGCAGAAGCUGGACCUCAGCUCCAACAACCUCACCGGCGGCGUCCCGGCGGCCCUCACCCGCCUGAAGGCGCUCACGUUCAUGGCGCUCAGCAACAACGGGCUGCGCGGCGGCCUCCCCGCGGGACUCUCCGGCCUCCGCGACCUGCAGUACCUGAUCAUGGAGAACAACCCGAUGGGCGUCCCGCUGCCGUCCGAGCUGGGCAGCAUCGCGCGGCUGCAGGAGCUCCGGCUGGCAAACUCCGGCUACUCGGGCUCCAUACCAGACACGUUCGGCCUCCUGUCCAGCCUCACCACGCUGUCGCUGGAGAACAACAACCUCACCGGGCGGAUCCCGGCGGGGCUCAGCCGGCUGAAGCGCAUGUACCACCUCAACCUGAGCAAGAACGGGCUGGACGGCGUCGUCCCGUUCGACGGCGCGUUCCUCAGGCAGCUCGGCCGGAACCUGGACCUGAGCGGCAACCCGGGGCUGUGCGUCGCCGACAGGGCCGUCGUGCCGGACGUGGGCGUCGGAGUCUGCGGCGGGGACGUCGCCUGCGACACGUCCGCCGCGGAGAGCUCGGUCGUCGGGAGAGUGGUCAGGGGAGUAGUGACGAGGGGUCGCUGGCCGGCUGGGCUGCUCACGCCCGCCGCCGCGGUAGCGCUGUGCAGCUGCCUAUUGCUCUGAUCUCUGAUCAUCCAGCGUGGCAUGGGUGCAUUUGCAUGCGAUUCUUUGGCAUGAACUUGCAUUGCAUGUUUGCACCGGUUGAUCUCUGAUUCUCUCUCUGUACGUAGUUGUGUUGCUGUAACUUGACGAUGUUGAUUGUGUGAGGAGUGUAGUUGCGCCUCGUGACAACAAGUCCUUCAAAACUGUGAAGACCGGAGAUGACGUUGUUUGUGCGUGAUUGGCACACACGUGGGGUUUGUCGGAUCGUUUCGUUUCCAUUCUUGUGCAGAUAGAUGGUCAUGGGUCCCAGCGGUCAACGGAAGCACCGAGCGCGUGACUUUUCUAACCAUAACAAGGUGCGGAUUGGUAACUUUGUCGUCACUCUUCGAACACUCUGUCUGCGGUUAGCAUUGUCAUAAGACACACGUCGUGAGCGGUUAAAACUUCUCCUUCUCCAUCUUUCAUCAUUAACACCGUUUUCAUUAUCGUUUA